CUUCUGUCCGCCCGCCCUGCGCUCCGGCCUGCGGCCGCUUGCGCAUCACACACUAUUCCUGAUAGCCGAGCCCCUGGGAAUCCCACGACUCGCCCUCGUGGGUGCCCCGUCCCUUUUCCCGCACCCAGGCGGCCAUCCUGCUUGGAGGGAGCUCCCGAGAUGGUGCGGUGGGUUGUUCCCGAGUCGGGCAGUGCGAGGCCUCCACGAGCGGGAGGAGGAAGAAGCCGGCUUCGCCACCCUGGUCACUCGGUCCAGGGAGAGCAAUAACCAUUGCAAUGAUCAUUGCACCCGGCGGCCGAGCUUCAGUGAACGGUUCUACAAGUGCUUUCACCCAUAGUGAUCACUGAGCUGUUUACAGAGUUUUCACCAGCUCUCCGGGGUGUGUCAUUAGCCCCAUUUUACAGGAAGGAAUUCGGGCCCAGAAGGGCUGGAGGAUUUAUCAGCCGAAGGAGGCCUCCAGUAUCUAAAUGGGAACCCCAAAACAGCCCUUGCUAGCUCCAGCACACGCCCUAGGCGUGAGGAAGUCCGAUCCCGGAAUCCGGAGCCUGGGGAGCGACGCGGGAGGAAGGCGGUGGAGACCAGCAGCCCAGAGUAUGUUCCAGAUCCCAGAGUUUGAGCCAAGUGAGCAGGAAGACUCCAGUACUGCAAAUAGGGAUCUGGGCCCUAGCCUCACUGGGGACCAGCCAGGUUCCUGCCUGGCCCCAGGUCUCCUGGGGAGCAUCGGACACCAACAGGGACAGGCAGUCAACAGCAGUCAUCAUGGAGGCGCUGGAGCAAUGGAGAUCCGGAGUCGCCACAGUUCGUACUCCGCGGGGACCGAAGAGGAUGAAGGGAUGGAGGAGGAGCUCAGCCCCUUUCGGGGCCGCUCGCGUUCGGCUCCCCCCAACCUCUGGGCCGCGCAGCGGUACGGCCGUGAGCUCCGAAGGAUGAGUGAUGAGUUUGAGGGUUCCUUCAAGGGACUUCCUCGCCCAAAGAGCGCUGGGACUGCAACACAGAUGCGACAAAGCGCUAGCUGGACGCGCAUUAUCCAGUCCUGGUGGGAUCGAAACUUGGGCAAAGGAAGCUCCACCCCCUCCCAGUGAUCUUCUGCUCCACAUUCCCGGAACUGUACCAGCUCUCGUCGCCCGCCAUGUUGGGUGUGGGCGGAAGUCCGAGGCCUUGGGGAUAAAAGAGGAUCGUUGUGUCCCUUCAACGGGGUGAAGAGCUGGCGAACAGCUCGAGUCGCUUCCGGUGCGUGCAAUAGCCACGAAGGGGUGGUUCUCGUUGGAAAUUCUAAAGUUUCCGCACUCCCCCAACCCAGCUUCCGGAAGUGGCAACUUUUCCUCUCUCCGGUAACAGGCCGACCUCAGGCGCCUGCGCUAAAUUGCGAGCCGAGGUAAACCGUGACUCGGCUGCAGCCCUACCACGCAAAUGGUCGCAACAAACGUGCUUUAUAAUAAAGCCCGCGCCUGUGCCGUCGCGUGUCUUU